UCUAGUCUUCGGUCUCUCUCUCCACUCUAACUACAGCCGGCCCGCGUCUCCUCGACCAUCACCACCUUGACGGUCUCCGUGAAGAUGAUGAGGGUCAUGGACAAGCUCAAAGGGAAGAAGCGCGGAGAUCGUGGUGACUCCUCGAGGUCACGGUCGACUAGGGGUUCAGGUGGUGGGGAUACCUCCUCUAUGUUGUUCCAGGGCUCUACAGCGUCAAGGCAGCGGCUAGAGCAGCUCCUUGGUUGCAUGGAGGAGCAGGGCGCGAAGUGGCAAGCCAUAGUGCACCUGGGCAAGAGCGCGAGGUGGCAGGCCAUAGUGCACCUGGGCAAGAGCGCGAGGUGGCAGGCCAUAGUGCACCUGGGCAAGAGCGCGAGGUGGCAUGCCACAAUGCACUUGAGCCAGAGCGUGAGGCGAUAGGCUCAAGUGGACCUAUGCUAGAGCAGGACCACAAUGCAUUUGAGCAAGCGCGCGAGGCGGCAGACCACAAUGCACCUAGUCAGGAGGACGAGCUGGCACGCCAAGGUUCACCAAUGCGUGAUGAUGAUGACUAUGGGGAGGACUACGAUGGAGAGGCCGAUGGAGAGGCCGAUGACGAGGUUGUUACAACGACACAGGCAACGA